AGCUUCUUGCCAAGCUGUUCCAAAAGAGGGAAAACUUCUAUUGAGCAACUCCAGUGCGUCAGUUACACCCGGGAUCGCGACCCAAUCGUUUCUAAAAAGUCGAAGUGAGCUUAAUACUUCAUAUUAGUGUUAACCAAAUCAUUUCACCUUCUAAGUGAUAAGCUAAAUGCAAGUCGUUAGCAAUGAUUCCGAAAAUAUUGCUAGUUUUAAGUAUCGUGUGGUUAAGAACACAGACAGUUGUUUCACAGAUCAGUGACCUCCGAUAUACAGAAACUGAGGACACAAACGACAAUCUGAGCAAUGCUAUUCAAUUCCUUCGUGACUUUGACCGCGAAGCAGCGGAAAUGUGCAACCGAGUUGCGAAUAGCGAAUGGAAGUUUGCUAUUAACGGCACCGAGUUCAACCAGAGGCGGAUGCGCGAACAACAGAACCUAGCCUCCAAGUUCGAGUGUCUGAGUUGGCGCCGAGCCGUGUCGUUCGACUCAUCUACGAUUGUUGAUUCCAGCAUCCGGCGUCAGCUUGGACGAAUUGUGCAACCCGGUCGUUGUGGAUUGGGGGAAGACAAAUAUGGGGAGUUGAGCCACGUAAUUUCUUUAAUGAAAGACAACUACAACAAUGCAAAAAUCUGUCCAUUUUCGGGCGGGCAGUCGACCAUGAUCGGAUCGGAUUCAUACAGAAGCUCAAACUAUGUUGCCACAUACAGCACCUAUUGCGAUCUGAAGCUGGAGCCAGAGCUCGUAAGAAUUAUGGAAUCCAGUCGAGUGGAGCCAGAACUACGAUACUACUGGAUGGCGUGGCGCGAAAAGACGGGUCCUCCGGUGAAGAACACUUUCAUGCGUUAUUUGGAUUUGGCAAAUCAGGCAGCCGAAAGGCAUGGAUUCAACGAUGCUGGUGAUCAGAUGCGAUCCUUGUAUGAUGACAGUGAGUUCUUCUUUUCAGUGAACGACUUGUGGAUGAGAAUUCAACCUCUUUACAAACAGUUGGUGACGUUCGUUAGGAAAGGUCUCGUUCGUCAUUACGGAGAACAUGUGGUUCGAAGAGAUGGUCCACUACCUGCGCACAUUUUGGGCAACAUGUGGGCACAAAACUGGCACAGUAUACUGAAUUUGAUUCAAUCAGGCCCAUCGGAAAUGCCAGAUGUCACCGGGGAAAUGAUAAGACAAGGAUAUACCCCAUUGAAGAUGUUUCAAACAGCAGAAGAAUUUUUCACUUCGAUUGGACUUCCACCGAUGGCACCGGAAUUUUGGAGGAAUUCAGUAUUUCAGAAAGCGAACGAAAUGUACGGACAAUGCACGGCUUCAGCCUGGGAUUUCUGCAACAAAGUGGAUUUCCGUAUCAAACAAUGUACGCAGGUUACUUUAGAAGAUUUCGUUAAUACCCAUCAUGAGAUGACCCACGUGCAGUACUACAUGCAAUACGCAGGUCAACCGUUUCUGUACCGCGAAGGACCAAAUCCCGCAUACCACGAGGCACUUGCCAAUGCCAUUAGUCUAUGUGUCGGUGGCCCUGUGCAUCUACAGAAGUUAGGACUACUUAGCACUCCAGUAUCAGUGCUCAACGGGAACACAAUGAUCAACAUUGAAUAUCUGUUGAGCAUUGCUCUAGACAAGUUACCGUUCAUGGCAUACAGUUUGGCGCUAGAAAAGUGGCGUUGGUACGUGUUCGAGAAAGGACCUGUUGGCAUGAACGCUCGUUGGUGGGAACUACGUCUACGCUAUCAAGGUAUAAUUCCUCCUACAGGUCGAGGAUUCGAACACUUCGACGCUGGAGCCAAAUACCAUGUCAUCUCAGAUCAGGACUAUAUCAAGUACUUCGUGGCGACCGUGCUGCAGUUCCAAAUCUACUCGGAGCUUUGUCUGGCAUCUCAUCACGUGGGACCACUGCAUACCUGUGAUUUCUAUCGCUCACGAGAGGCAGGUCGAAUACUGAGUGACGUGAUGCAACAGGGGGCAGCUCUGUCUUCGUCACAACUUUUAAAGCUGUUAACCAGAGGCCGAACCUCGCAACUUUCCGUAGAGCCACUACUAGACUUUUUCAGACCAUUGGAAGCAUGGCUUGAAUUGCAGAACCGAGAUGAACCGAUAAUCGGAUGGAGUUCCAGAAUGGAAGACUUCGCUCUAUUUCAGCCACUGGUAGAUCGGUACGGGCGAAGUUCAGCCGUGCAGCCCAUGAUCAGCGUACUGACUCUCCUCAUGCUGCUCCUCUAUUCGGAUAUACAAUUCAUACGGUAAAUCUGAACAGUCGACGAGAACGGUAAAAAUCAUACUGUCCGUAUGGUAAAAUUAUCUUCCAAUAACCGAACUUCUGUGAAAACUGAUUGUCAUGAAACUAACUGUCAAACAGCUUUUAGUAAGUGUCUUUUUAUUAACCAAACGAAAAAAAUCUUGAAAAGUUCAUCGAAUGGAUUGAGGUACAUGUGCAAUAGUUU